AUGGCCGACUUCCAAGACGAAAAGAAGGCGGUCUCUUCCAUCGAUACCCCUUCCUCUGGAUCCCUGAACGAUGUCAAGGGUGUUUCCUCGCCGGCCCGUUCCGCCUCUUUUUCCCACGUCUCUAUCUCUGAAGAACUCAGCGGCAAGAAAGACGAGUACGGCUCGACCCCUGAUCACGUCUUUAGUGUCCCCGCAAUUGCUGCGCAUUGGGCUGAGGUCUAUGAGCGCGCCGGGUACGAGAACCGUCACCGAUUCGACCCGUCGUUCCAAUGGGACGCCUCAGAGGAGCGCAAGCUUGUGCGCAAGAUCGACUUCAGGAUCAUGUUUUGGGCUUGGAUCAUGUUCUGCAGCUUGGACUUGCAUCGGAAGAACAUCAACCGAGCUAUCAGCGAUGACAUGUUGCCGGAAUUGGGAAUGAACACAAACGACUUCAACUAUGGUCAAACCAUUUUCCUCGCUACCUUCUUACUGGCUGAGCUUCCCUCCGGCCUCGUGGCCAAGAGGCUUGGUGCCGACCGCUUUAUUCCCAUGCAAAUCGUAUCUUGGUCCAUCUUGUCGGGUGCCCAAGUCUGGAUCACCAACAGAGCCCAUUUCUAUGUCAUCAAGGCACUUAUGGGUGUUGCCAUGGGUGGUUUCAUCCCUGACAUUGUCCUCUGGUUGACCUACUUUUACAAGUCGAACGAGCUGCCCCUCCGUCUGGCUUUCUUCUGGACUGCUCUGUCGACCGUCAACAUCGUUGGUUCUCUGAUGGCCGCCGGGAUUUUGCAGAUGCGUGGUAUCAAUGGCUGGAGUGGUUGGCAGUGGCUGUUCCUGAUCGAAGCCCUGAUCUCCCUCAUCGUCGGUAUCUUCGCUUUUGUUCUCAUGCCCCCGGGUCCUUGCCAGACCAAGUCCUGGUUCCGCGGAAAGAACGGCUGGUUCUCUGAUCGCGAGGAAUACAUCAUUGUCAACCGUCUGCUGCGCGACGAUCCCUCCAAGGGCGACAUGAACAACCGCGAGGGCGUCUCGGCCAAAGGCUUGCUCCUGGCAAUCAAGGAAUGGGAGAUGUGGCCGCUCUAUAUUGUCGGCUUGUUUGCUUACAUUCCUCCUGGACCUGCCGGCAACUACCUCAGUCUGAUUCUCCGCACUGACGGCUUCAGCGUGUUCCAAGCCAACCUCCUCACCAUUCCCGCCUACUUCCUCUUUGCCUGUAACUUGGUCAUUCUGUCUUGGGUUUCCAAGCGGUGCAAAGAGCGUGCACUCAUCUCCUCCAUUUCGCAAUGGUGGAUGCUUCCCUUUCUCGCAGCCAUCGUCGCCCUGCCCAACUCCGGCGUCUGGGUCCGCUACGCUCUUCUCACCGGCGUCUUGUCGUAUCCAUACUGCCACGCCAUAUUGGUGUCUUGGAACGCCCAGAACAGCAACAGCGUGCGUACGAGGGCGGUUUCCGCGGCGUUGUACAACAUGUUUGUGCAGGCUGGCAAUAUUGUUUAUGAUAACAUCUACCGCGAGGACGACAAGCCGUUGUACAAGAGGGGGAACAAGGUGUUGCUGGCAAUUGUUUGCUUGAAUGUUGUGCUGUUUUAUCUGACUAAGGCGUUUUAUAUGUGGAGGAAUAAGCUGAAGGAGGAGAAGUGGAAUGCGAUGACGCCCGAGGAGCAGCAGGUAUAUCUGUUGACUACGAAGGAUGAGGGGCCGAAGAGGUUGGAUUUUAGGUUUGCUCACUGA